CUGAUCAGUAUUGGAAAUCUGCCGUAUAGUGCAAGGGAAGAAGAUGUCGCCAAUUUUUUCUGGCAGGUUGGGCCUGUUACCAAUGUGCGAAUUGUUCUAGAUCGCGAUACUGGUCGUCCUCGUGGUUUUGGGUUCUGUGAAUUCGAGACAGAAGCGGCUGCUGAACAGGCUGUCGGAAGUAUGAAUCAUGCGGAAUUUAUGGGACGUCAGCUCCGUGUUGACCGUGCUAUAUCUCGAUGA